AUGUUCAAAACUCUAUCACUCUUCCUUCUCCUUCAAGGCGCUAGCGCCAUGUAUGUGAGAAUCAAUGGAUACGAAUGUUCUGAAAAGGCAAUGUCGUUGACAUUGUCCAAAAUCUGUAACGAAGAAAGUACUUGCCUUUUGGGAGAGAAUGCUUCAAUCGAAGGAUACUUGAAUUACUACGGAAUGGUCGACGAGUUCGGCAUGAGCGCAGAUUCUUCUGCCUAUGUUGACUUUAGCUUGAAAUUCACUCAAAACGGAGCCGCAAUCUACAACCACAACAUCUACAGCCUGCAACAAAUGCCCCUUUGCAGCGACUCAUUGACAGCCUCUGACGGUGGUUCUUGCCCAUCUGGUGGACGAUACAGUUUCCAGCAAACUCUCUACUUGCCUCCGCUUGAUAACCAAUUGAAGGAUUGGGGAUACUCUGGAUUCAAUGGACGAGGAGAACUCACUGCCUACAUGGGCGAAGACAAUGGAUCUACUGUCCUCGGAUACUGCACCUUUGAUGUUACCACUACCUCUUCUGGUGCUUUUGCCAAGGCUCCAUCUGGUCGGGCUGUUUUGUACGGAGUCUUUGGUACCGUUACCUUCCUUCUCGUGCUUGCUGUUAUGGGUUUCCUCUGCGCCAAGAGAGAAGCCAAGGUUGCCAUGGUCAACAAGGUUUCUAAAUCCACCAGAAAGGCUGUCAAGAGAGCCAAGCAAGCAGUUGGAGUGAGCACAUCUCCCAAUGAUUUCGAGGCCAUGGAAGAAAAGACCAAUGCCGAGGCCAAGCAAAACUGGAAGCUCGACUGGGAUUCCAAGGCAGCCGUUGGCAAGCACCCAGCACAAAAGCAAAUCAUGAAUGUAUAA